GAGGAGACCAACGGCCCAGGCGCGCGGGCGUGGGAGGUACCCGCCACGGACGCGUGUCCGCCCCGGCCAGCUGUACCGCAUCCACCACCUUCCCCUGCCCUCCUCCGGUGCGGUGAACCCCCACCGUCUCCCCGCCGCACCGCUUGCUUAUAUACCCACCUCCCCUCCGUCUCCUCACCCUUCACCUCACCUCACCUCACCUCGAUAGAUCGAUCAGCUUCCCCUCCCUCUGCCUUGCCUUUUAAGAUUACACAGCAGCAGCGGCAAGAAGAAGAAGAAGAAUCCCGAUCUUUAUUUAUGGCGUCUUCUUCUCCGUCGUGCCGUGCCGGCGGCGGCGGCGGCGGCAAGGCUGACGUGGACCGGAUCAAGGGCCCCUGGAGCCCCGAGGAGGACGAGGCCCUGCAGCGCCUCGUGGCCCACCACGGCGCGCGCAACUGGUCCCUCAUCAGCCGCUCCAUCCCGGGGCGCUCAGGGAAGUCGUGCCGCCUCCGGUGGUGCAACCAGCUCUCGCCGCUGGUGGAGCACCGACCCUUCACGCCCGAGGAGGAUGACACCAUCCUCCGCGCCCACGCCAGGUUCGGCAACAAGUGGGCCACCAUCGCCAGGCUCCUCUCCGGCCGCACCGACAACGCCAUCAAGAACCACUGGAACUCCACGCUCAAGCGAAAGUACUCCUCCUCCUCCUCCUCCUCUGCUGCCGCUGCUGAUGCGGCGCCCGACGAGGAGGACCUGGUGGCGGCGCAGCGGCCGCUGAAGCGGACCAGCAGCGACGGACACGCGGGGCUCUGCUUCAGUCCCGGGAGCCCGUCCGGCUCCGACCUCAGCGACUCCAGCCAUCACAGCCUCCCCUCCGUCAUGCCCUCCUCAUCCGCUGCAACCUCCCAGUCCCAGCAGCACGUGUACCGCCCCGUGGCGCGCGCCGGCGGCGUGGUUAUGCUCCCGGCGACCUCCCUGUCGCUGUCCCUCUCCCUGCCCGGGUUGGAUCAGCAGCCCGAUCCGUCCCCAUCGGCCCCAGAGCCGCCUCCAGCUCCUGUACAGUCACAGGCACAACAGCCGGCGACGAACCUCGCGUCGCCGCGCCGGCCACAGCCACAGCCGGCGCCGUUCAGCUCAGAGUUCCUGUCGAUGAUGCAGGAGAUGAUCCGGAUCGAGGUGCGGAACUACAUGUCCGGGUCGGGGUCCGACGGCGCCGUACACGCUGCCCCGAAGCGCAUGAUGGGCAUGGCCAAGAUCGAGUAGCUAGCAGGGGAAGCAGCUGUUGCAAGAAGAAGCAAGCAGCCUUGAAACGAAGCAGAGGCGGCAAGUGACGAGAUGAAGCAAGAUCCUGCAACGCAAUUCCUCGGUCUAUUUCUCCAGCAGUUUCCUUAAUCUAGCCAUUUCUUUUCUCAGUUGUUUUUUCCUUGCCCAGUUCUCCUCCCCCAAUUCUUAGCUAAAGCUCUCCAAGAAAGCAGAGCAGAGAAAGAAAAACUUUGUCUGUCCGGACGUCGAGGGCAGAGUCCAGUAUGAUCCGAUCCUUUCUUGUCAGGAGGUAGAGCCAUCCUCGGAACGGAAUUGUUUACUUCUUUUUGUACAGAAAGAAUAAAGACAGGAUGAAGGUGCAUGAAUGAGAAGAGAGGCAGGCCUCAGGCUUGAUGGAUCAUUUCUCAA